AUACAGGAAAGUGCGGAAACCGCUCUCUUUCCGAAUUUAGAAAUGAAAAACUAUCGAUUUCAGCAAUAUUUGUUGAUGGGAAUAUGAAAAAGCUGCAAUCUUUGUAAUACCUUUCCUUCUUUGCAGCGAAAAUAACCCAAUAAUCGAAACUCCUUUGGUUUAUUGACUUCAAUGUCUGCUCUUUUCCAUCAGAAUCGCUUCAAAAUUCAAAAUUGUCAAAUCCUCUCCCACUUUUUUUUUUCAUCAAUGGAAGAAUUAAUAUAGAAGCAAAUCAGUUUAGCUAGCUUCAAUAUUUGCUCUUUUCUCAUUUUCAAAAUCUUUCAAAUCACAGAGAGAGAGAGAUAGAAAUAGAAAGUUUGAAUCUUGAUUUCUGAUUAAUUUGAUGAAUUUUGGUGUGUAAAAAAUGUCGGAUCUUUACGGAAUCAAUGAAUCUGAAGACAUGUCGUCUUUUCUUCAAAUUCUUCUACAAAACUCGUCGUCCUCCGCCGCUGCUGCUGCCGGAGGUUUUUUCGGCGGCGGGGGGGCGGUGGCGAAGUCCUCCACCAGCAUAAGUUUCUCUGAUCCCAGCUGCAAGAAUCUCCCUUCCACUUUCGAGGGAGGUGAAGCUUAUGAUACAAUGGUGAAUCCGGUGGCACCUCGUUCUUCGAAGAGAAGUAGAGCUGCUGAAGUCCACAAUUUAUCAGAAAAGAGGAGGCGAAGCCGGAUCAACGAGAAGCUGAAAGCACUUCAGAAUCUGAUUCCAAAUUCUAACAAGACUGACAAGGCAUCUAUGUUGGAUGAAGCCAUUGAAUAUCUCAAACAGCUUCAACUGCAAGUUCAGAUGUUGACAAUGAGAAACGGGUUGAGUCUACACCCCGGAUACUCCCUAGGGUCACUGCAGUCGAUGCUAGCACCACCCUCAGUCGGUCUUGACAUAGACGAAGGCAUUCCAUUGCUACUCACAAACCGAGGAUUGGAGUUCUCUAGGGACCAAAACGACGUCUUUAUGCAGUCACCCACGAACCACGGUCCCUCAGCCCUGCCAACGCUAGUGCCAUCCACAUCAAACGCUGCUAACUCAGCAGUGCUCCCGAGCUAUGGACUGAUGGCCUCCACAAAGGAUAUCUGCAGGGACGACACUUUGUCGCGGUUGCAGCUCGAUAUAAGCUGCUCGGGCAAUAAUUUGUCGCCCAGGGUGUCAUCACAGUAGUUGUAAGUUAUAAUGAACAGAGGAAAUAAGAAUACCAAUUUGAGAGAGGUGAUGUUGUUUCUAGUGAAAUGAUGUCAAGUUAAAGAUCAUUGUUGUGUUUCUUCUUCUUAUUCAAACCUCUCUUUUUUGACACAUAAUUGAAGUUUUUGGGUUAAUAUUA